AAUCCCACUCGGCUGCGGUCAGGUGAUCCGACUCGGAGCAGCUGUGCUGUUUCAGUACCGCUCACCGUCAGACAACGGGAGUCACCGGCGGCGAGUACACGGCUUUUUUUCCUAACCGCAUUCUUUUUGGAGAAAACGUCGCCUUUAGGAGCGUUUUUUCAGCGAAACGUCAUGGGGGAGCAAGUGGCUUUACUGCUGCUGGUUGUAGCGGCGUCGGCUCUGGCACUGGAGGUCCCCACCGAUGUUUCUAUGGGUCUGCUGGCCGAGCCGCAGGUGGCUAUGUUUUGCGGUAAACUCAACAUGCACAUCAACGUUCAGAGCGGCAAGUGGGAGUCCGACCCCUCGGGCACGAAGAGCUGCAUCGGGACCAAAGAGGGAAUCCUGCAGUACUGCCAGGAGGUGUAUCCAGAACUCCAGAUCACCAACGUGGUGGAAGCCAACCAGCCAGUCAGCAUUCAGAACUGGUGCAAGAAGGGACGCAAGCAGUGUCACAAUCACAAUCACAUGCACAUCGUGGUGCCCUACCGCUGCCUGGUGGGAGAAUUUGUGAGCGACGCCCUGCUUGUUCCUGACAAGUGUAAGUUCCUCCACCAGGAACGGAUGGACCAGUGUGAGAGCCACCUGCACUGGCACACCGUCGCCAAAGAGUCUUGCGGAGACCGCAGCAUGAACCUCCACGACUACGGGAUGCUGCUGCCCUGUGGCAUCGACCGUUUCAGAGGGGUGGAGUUUGUGUGCUGCCCCACCGAGGCGGAGCGUGACACUGACAGCGCCGAGCAGGACUCGGAUGAUUCUGAUGUCUGGUGGGGCGGGGUGGAGACGGACUACUCUGACAACAGUAUGGUGCGGGAGCCUGAACCAGUGGUGCAGCAAGAGGAAGCCAAACCAACUGUGGUAGAGGAGGAGGAGGAGGAGGAGGACGACGACGACGACGAAGAGGCCUUGCUAGACAACGACCAGGACGGGGAUGGGGAGGAGGAUGAAGAAGUGGAGGAGGAGGAUGAGGAGGAUGGGGACGACGACGUCAUCGACAUGCUGGAUGACGGCGAUGAUGCAGACGAGCCUGCCACCAGCAUUGCCAUGACAACCACAACAACCACCACCACGGAAUCUGUGGAGGAAGUGGUUAGAGAUGUGUGCUGGGCCAACGCUGAGACUGGACCGUGUCGGGCCAUGCUGUCCCGCUGGUUCUUUGACCGACAGGAGGGCCGCUGUGUUCAGUUUAUCUACGGCGGCUGUGGAGGCAACAGGAAUAACUUUGAGUCAGAGGAGUACUGCCUGGCUGUCUGCCGCAGCGUCAUACCCACCGCCACGCCUAGCUCCCCCGAUGCAGUGGACCACUACCUGGAGACGCCUGCUGAUGAAAACGAGCACGCUCACUUCCAGAAAGCCAAGGAGAGCUUGGAAGCCAAGCACCGAGAGAGAAUGUCCCAGGUGAUGAGGGAAUGGGAAGAAGCCGAGAGGGAAGCUAAGAAUCUUCCCCGUGCCGACAAGAAGGUUGUGAUCCAACGUUUCCAGCAGAAGGUGGAGGCGCUGGAGCAGGAAGCCGCCAGCGAGCGUCAGCAGCUGGUGGAGACCCACAUGGCGCGGGUGGAGGCCCUGCUCAACGACCGCCGCCGCUUGGCUUUGGAGAGCUACCUGACCUCUCUACAGCAGGACCCACCCAGGCCCCGUCACGUCUUCAGCCUGUUGAAGAAGUAUGUGCGUUCUGAGCAGAAGGACCGGCAGCACACUCUCAAACAUUUUGAACAUGUUCGCAUGGUGGAUCCCAAGAAGGCAGCUCAGAUCAGACCUCAGGUGCUCACCCACCUGCGCGUUAUCGAGGAGCGAAUGAACCAGUCUCUGGGACUUCUCUACAAAGUUCCUGGAGUAGCUGAUGAUAUCCAGGACCAAGUUGAGCUCCUGCAGAGAGAGCAGGCCGAGAUGGCCCAGCAGCUGGCCAACCUGCAGACAGAUGUGAGGGUGAGCUACGGAAACGACGCCCUGAUGCCCGACCAGGAGCUCGGAGACGGCCAGACCGACCUUUUGCCCCAGGAAGACAUGCUGGGAGGGGUCGGCUUUAACCACCCUGAGAGCUUCAACCAAGUUGAGCUGAUGGACACUCUUCCCAAUCCUGACCGAGACGUUCCCACACGACCAGUGACUGGAAUGAAGAUGGAAGCUAUUCCUGAGCUGAGGAUGGAGACGGAGGACAGACAGAGUACAGAGUAUGAAGUUCACCACCAGAAACUGGUCUUCUUCGCAGAAGAUGUUGGCUCCAACAAGGGCGCCAUCAUCGGCCUGAUGGUUGGAGGCGUCGUCAUAGCAACGGUUAUCGUCAUCACCCUUGUGAUGCUGAGGAAGAAGCAGUACACCUCCAUCCACCACGGAGUGAUCGAGGUGGAUGCUGCCGUCACUCCCGAAGAGCGCCACCUGUCCAAGAUGCAGCAGAACGGCUACGAGAACCCGACCUACAAGUUCUUUGAGCAGAUGCAGAACUGAGGAGUCUCACAUGUACACGCUCACAUAAAUGCACCAUCACCCCCCUCCCCCACAUCACCCCACCCCUCCCCUCUACCGCCCCACGUCUGCUAGAGGCCGCGCGGCUUUAGUGGCUGGAGUAGUCAGCGACCGUAGUCGGGGUUAAACCAGCUUUUUCACUUUUUAAUUAUUAUUAUUAAAGAUCUGCGUUUUUAGGACGCCGCUGCGGUCUGGGCCUGCUGAUGUACAGACACCCCCCUCGCUCCGGGCCGUGAAGCUGAAGCGUGUUCUCCACUGAUUCAGGGUCAGCGUUUGGUUGUAGGAGCUGGUUUUUCCCAUAGAGCCUGACCUCUGAUCAGGAAGGUCGUGAGCACACGCUGAUCUGGGCUCAGUUAGGUUCAGGUCACCUGGGAAAUUCUAAAAUAAUGACGUAUUGUAAACGAGACUCAACUGCACUACCUUCUACACUGGAGUAAGAGCGCUUCCUCCCCCUCCUCCCCCUCCACCCCUCCCUUCAUCAUCCUCUCUUCUGUUGUUGGCGCGUUCGUACAACAGCUGGGCUGUGUUGGGCCUCACGAGGCUCCUAUCAGACGACGACGACGAAAUAAUCCAACGAGCCGUUUUCAUUUUAGAGUUUCUAUCAUUUCCAUUUUUCUUUUUCAGAAAAGGUCAAAAACGACAAAAAAAAAAGAUCAAGUGAUGUAAAGUCAUUUUUCAAAUUGCGUGUAAUGUUGCUGAAGUCUUAGCUGUUCUUCUGUGGUGUGCAUGACAACAACAACAACUGGAUUUGGAGGAAAUAAAAAUAAAAACAUCAGUGUAGAUUGUCAACGUUGCAAGAUUGUACAUUUAGUAUCGUCUCAUGGUCACACGGUGGAAAGCAGGACGAGGUGAAUAUGAAGUAGAGGGACGGGCUCUGCUCUGAUGACCUGUAAAGACGCACUAAUCAGGAGGGUUUGGGCUUCAUUUCCUCUUUUUCAAUCACUUUUUUCCUGAAGCUGCGUUUGUGUUUCAAAUCAGAACUCACUCCUGAUGGCUCCGUGGUUCUGAUGAAGGUCUGUGGUCGUGAAGAAUGGAAUGCUGGGAAUGUUUCUGCAUGUGUGCGUUAUUUUCUGUCCCUUUCUGAGACGUCUCUCUUUGCUUUCUGAGGACUGAAUAGGUGGCGCGUUGAGGGGCAGGAGGAGGAAGAGGAGGAGAGGAAAUGACUCAAAGUUCUGGAUGGGUAGCCAGCCAGCCAGCCUGGCAAUCUGUGUAUGUAAUGGAUUUCCACUCCCCUCCUCCAUCUCUGCUCCCCUCUCCGCCGUCUGCUCCGAGGAGCAGGAGCAGGCGUAUAGAUGUGUAGGCGUUAAGCAUCAGGAGCCGAGAGCGAGGCAGCCAUCUUCACCAUCAACACACUACAUGUAUAGACACAGUGAGACCUCAUACUGGUCAUAAUGGUGAUUCAGUGAGUGAAGCGUUGGUUUGGGUAGAUGCCCAACAGAGGGCAGUAGAGUAGAAGAGGAAGCAGGGUUUUCUUUAUCUUCUGUGGGCUGUUGAUUGCUUUUGUUUUCCACUGUGUAAUUCUGUGCAGGCCAUUUGCAUUGACUGAGAAACGCUUUCUACACUGUAUUCCAUAAUAAAGUUUUGAAUGUACAUACA